UCCAAUGCCAGGGGUGCUUCUUAGAUCUCCGUCGUUUCCAUCGAAAGGUGAAUCGUUCGGACGAAGGCUUUGGGAACCGCGUCGCAAGACAGACGCCGAUUUUCGCAUAUAAAACAGCUCGGUUCGCAGUGUUCCUCGCAUAAUCCACUACUUCGAAGAGUGGAUGGCGCCAACACUUUCAGCCGCUCGUCACCUACAACGUAAGAGAGCAUUUUAAAUUUCUCAUCACCAGGAAAUCUCAGAAAUGGUCGAGCCGCCAUAUAAAAUAAUAUCACAGAAAUAUUUUCCAAAAGCCUUCAAUCGAAAUGGAAAACAUUGAAGAAAUUACUGCCGGGUUUGCUGCUGGGCUGCUGACGCAUAAGAGUGACUGUGGAAGCCUGUCACUGCCUACUACGCCAACAUCAUUCCCGUACUCGCUACCCGAUCUUCAUUCUGCCUUUUUCAUAACGACAGAAAACAUGGCUGAAAAAAAAGAUGAGACGACGUUUGAAUGUGAGGUGGAGAAGCUGGCUGCCCUCGUGGAGCAUAGCGAGUUGACAGAUUCUGGGGCUGGGGCGAGUACUUCGGCGGCAGGACCUCAAACACUUAAGCCCAUCAAUGGCGAAGGGCAGGCAGCCCAGAAAGAAAACAAGAAGCGUAAUUGGCGUUGGAACCGCCGAGAAAGGAAGGCUCAGGCGGGGAACACAAAAAAAUACCAUGAUCCAAAGGAAUCAGGUAGAACAAAAACCCCUUACGGACGGGGUAAAAGGAGAAAUACCACCCCUGACGGCCCCGAGCGGGCAUUGAGGGUAGUACUCGAUGCGCUACUGGAUCGUUUUAAAUAGAAUUAUAAGAAAAGAUAAAAAUAAAUAGAAAUUUUCAAGUUAUACAAUUUUUCCAAAGAGAAUAUUUAAAAAUUUCAUACGUAGAAUGUCAUUACAUGACAAAAUAUUGGCGGAGCAAUUGUUUUUUCACGUAAGCCGUUACGGUUCACGGAACGGGAGAGUCAGAACAUGCUCGAUCCUCCAUUUCGUGAUCCGUAAACUACGAAGACCCUAGCAACCGUCUUCCGUAUUCCGUAUUCCGUGCACCGUAACGGCUUACAUAAAAAACAAUUGUCCUGCCAAUAUUUUCAUACGUGAAAUGUCUCAUUACCUGUCACCUGUCAU